AUGCCAGAUCAUUCGGCGGCGUACGUGGGCACAGCCUUCGUGGCUGGUGUCUGCUUGGCAUUCGCAUAUCAGGAAUUAUCACGUCCCAGGCAUGAGGAUAAUGUGACAGAACAAGUAUCACCAACAAGUGGCCUCAUCGCCCGACCUGGCCCGCCCAGUAUCGUGGAAGGCAUCGAAGGCUGCAUUGGAAACACGCCUCUAUUCCGAAUCAAGUCACUAUCUGACGAGACGGGAUGUGAAAUUCUGGGCAAAGCAGAGUUUUUAAAUGGCGCUGGACAAAGUUCAAAAGACCGAGUUGCUCUAAGCAUGAUUGAGAUCGCAGAAGAAGAAGGUAUCCUGACACCGCAUUCAGGCGACACAAUCUACGAAGGAACAUCGGGAUCAACCGGCAUUUCCCUAGCAACACUAGCCCGGGCAAAGGGCUAUCUAGCACACAUCUGCCUGCCGUCCGACCAGGCAAUUGAAAAAUCAAACCUACUUCUGAAACUCGGGGCAAUCGUGGACCGGGUCCCGCCAGCACCAAUAGUGGAGAAAGACAACUUCGUCAAUCGCGCACGAGCACUAGCAAAGACGCACACGGCCUCAUCGGGCAUCCCCUCUGCGUCAGCGGAAGAGCAAUCCGAUCUCCCCGCGGCAGACGACCGCAUGACCCGUGGCCGUGGCUUUUUCGCCGACCAAUUCGAGAACGAAGCUAACUGGCGCGCCCACUACGAAGGGACCGGCCCAGAGCUGUACGCCCAGUGUGGGGGCCGGAUUGAUGCGUUUGUAGCGGGCGCCGGCACCGGAGAGGAGGGGACGCGUCGGCGUCGUCAGGUUGAUACUAUCGUUGAGGGGAUUGGGAUUAACCGUGUCACGGCGAAUUUCGAGGCUGGGAAGGAGUUGAUUGAUGAUGCGGUGCGUGUCACUGAUGCACAGGCUUUGGCUAUGGCUCGGUGGCUUGUUGAAAAGGAUGGGAUCUUUAUUGGGAGUAGCAGUGCAGUGAACUGUAUCGCCGCUGUCAAGACAGCAAGAAAGCUUGGCCCUGGUCAUCGGAUUGUCACAGUACUUUCUGACUCUGGCUCAAGACACCUGUCUCGGUUCUGGGCCAAGGCGGGAGAUGUGGGUGGCGCUGUUGAUACGAAGCUUGAAGAUGUUAUGAAUGCACGGGACGAAGACUUCCAAUAG